GAUCCAUUGAAAUUGUAGCUUAUCUCUGCUAUUCUGUACAUAUACACUUUACUAGUCCUCUUUGCUAUUAUUUCCAUCCCAUAAGACACUAUAGCAGCAAAAUGGCCUCUUUCGCCCGAUCCCUGCUCAACUCUUCCCGGCUCGCCCGCACCCACAUCAUUCCCCGGCCCCUCAUGGCUCGCCCCGUUGCCGGUCCUUCAUUCCGAGCCUAUGCGACGUCAUCUCCAUCCCCUUCUUCCGCUAUUGACCCUUCUCUUACCCGAGCCCAAGACCUGCUUGAGUCUGGAACUCGCGCUUUGGAAGAUGGUGACAUUUCUACCGCUCGAAACUUGUACAAGGAAAGUGUCGAGGUGAAGGAGACCAGUGAAGGAUGGCAUAACCUUGCGAACUGUGAAUAUCACCUCCAAAACAAGGAGGCGGCGAUUCAAGCUUGGGAAAAAUCGCUCGCUCUCCAACCCUCCGCUGAUGCUCACACAAACUUGGCUUCGGCCUACAUCUUUGACAAGCCACCUAAACCGGCUUUUGCUAUUAAGCACUUGACUAAGGCACUUGAACUGUCACCCGAAGACCCAGAGAUUGCUUUCAACCUUGCGGCCGUUCUCGAAUCCACCGGUAACCUCGACACUGCUCUUACCUUGUACAAGAAGGCCCAGUCUGGAGGUAUAGAAAGGGCGGCACAAAACGUCAGGAAUGUCAGUGCAAAACUGCUCGGCCAAAAGGUCGCUGAACAAGAGAAGAAAGCGGAGUAGAUUAUGCGCCUAGAUGCAUCCCUACAUCCCAUGUUUUCAGCCUUUUACUCCUUAUGCUCAGAUCAUCAUGAAGUUCCAGUCCUUUGAACUUACCACAUGGGUAACAUCAAUCCUAUGGUUAGCAUGAACCGCGACCAUUGCAUGCUCGACACUGCGCCACAGUUCCCGCCCCAUGCGUAUAUCCUGUCAGUCAUAAACGACAACUUUAACCCGAGGAGGUAACGCAGCCGGACUGAUACCAAAGGAGUGUUCUUAUGGCGGUACGGCAGGGUAGUUUGGAGCAGGCGAGGGAUGGGUCGAAAGAGAUACUGGCACAACAAUGACAGGUAGAAAAUCGCUGGCACCAACUAGUAGGUUGACUUUGUCAACCUCAGCCCAGGCAGUGUCCCACAACAGCUAUACUUAUUCUUUUCCCUGUCUGCCCUUCGGGGACUGCUUCUCUCCUUAUUGCAAUCCUUGGACUCUCAGUGGCUUUAUCGUUGUAAAAUGAUGAGAAUGUCGUGCCGCUCCCUGCAGCCCUUCCAUCAGCAGGCAAAAGCACAAUGUUCAAACCCAUGCCGGUCGAUCUCGCUGCGGAAGACUUGUAUCGCUCAAGUCUGGGAUGAUCUUGAGCCGGACUGAAUGACAAGACAGUAUUACAAGCUGAAAGGUCUUGUUGCUUUCUGUGGAUGACGACCGAACCUGAGUAGGCGCGGUAAUGAAGCAAGGUAGGGGGAUGUUCAGAAUUAAUCUGGGCUUCUGUAUGAGGAAUGUGAUUGUAAUGCAAUAGCAAAGUAUCUGUACAUAGACAGCAGGGAGCAUACUGAUGAAUAUAUGCAUCGAUCC